AUGAUGUCAAACAACAUGGUCCAUGUGCUGCAGCAGCGAGAAAGGCGCGGCAAUCCGCGGCGACUGGCGAUGUCUCGAAGGACAUGCUGGAGCGUAGACGAUGUCUUGUCCGUGGAAGAGCAUGCUGUGCUGCUCGGAUUCAGCAACAGUGGGCGAUACCUCAUGUACUACAAGUCUUGCGACCAAGGGCUGCUGCAGGUGUAUUGGCGAAUAUUCAAUCCGUCUUCGACUCCAUUGGUGUCCCCAGGCACGGCGUUGGCCAUCUCAGUUGGGCCGUGUGCAGCGUCAUCGCUGCAGAACUGUGCAUAUGACGACGACAUGGAGCUUCGCGUAUGGGAAAGCAUCGAUGAAUCCCUCGUGGUGGCUAUCUCGAAUUCAGGUCGACGUCCAGGGACAGCAUUCCACGUGACAGUGUCCUGCGGUCCGUCGGCACCUCGUUCAUCCGUGAUCGGCGCGCUUCGACUUACCCUCUCCACGACCAUGUCAAUUCCUGAAUGCUGGUUCUUCGUUUCGUCGACAUCCCAGCUCGUGUUCCACGUCGGAAGUUCCUUGCUCCUCUUCUCCCUCAACUGCGGCAACCGCCGUGCCCCCAUGCUUCCCCAUUCGACCAAGCCAUGGUACUACGCGUCCGAGUUUCCCGUCGAGGUCGUCGCAGUGCCGACGGACGGUACGCAUCCUGUCACGACCACCAGUGAUCAUCCCACCAAACUCCUCCUGCAGUGUGCGCUGGAAUCCACGUUUGACGUCGAAGUGUUUCUGCAGAGUCUCUUGGACUCUUCUCCCACACUUCGUUCGUUCCAUCUCCACGACUACGACCUCCGCCACCUCUGUGUGGCAGACUCGACAUGGCUGUACAUGUGCGUCGUGGCGGCCCUCGACCAAGACGGCGGCAGUCGUUGUCGUCGUCGCGUCGGCAUCUUCUUCGCAUGGAACGUCCUCGACGGCUCGUUUCAAACCCUGCGCCUCGUCUCGGUGCCUCUCCACACCCCGUUGAACACCGCCUCGGACGCGAUGCUGCUUCGGUGCCGCCGCGCCAUCUCGUCCAUCCAAGCCACUACUCAUCCCCCCACGACUUGUUCCAACUCUUCUUGGUCCAGUUCUGUCCCGUCGUUCAACAUGUGGACCAACGCCGGUGUGCUUUGCGGCACGUCUGUCGGCCGCCUCGACAACCCCGCGUGGCCGUACGCCAUCUCCAGAUGA